GUAAACCUCCAUUGAAGUAGCCACACAAGCUCUAUAACCAGUUAUAUACCUUUCCUUUAUCAACUUCAAAUCUCAAAAAAAUGUUAGGUUCUCAGAUUCAGAAGAUAAAUUCUACAAAAUCCUUCUCUCUUUUACUACCAAAACCUUCUCUUUCUAGCCAUGGAAAGACAUCCUUCUCUACUCAUAAGCAACAGAAAAGUUUCACUCGAAAAAACACAAACUUGAGCAUACGUGCUAAUCUCCUUGAUAAGGCUAUAUCAGCUGUUACACAUAAGAGUGAAGCUGUUUCAGUGAAAGCAACUGUUACUGUCCAAGUAACAAUUGGUGGAAUUAUUUCCAGUAUUGGUCUUACACAGCCUCUUGAUGAGCUGACUGAUGUUAUUGGUAAAAGCUUGCUGUUGGAGCUUGUUAGUGCAGAACUUGAUCCAAACACUGGACUGGAGAAGGAAACAGUGAAGUCAUAUGCACAUAUUCAACUAGGGACAAAUAAGCCUGGAAAGGGGAAAUUAGAGGCAAAGUUCAAUGUACCAGCAGGAUUUGGUGAGGUUGGAGCUGUGCUUAUAGAAAAUGAACAUCAUAAGGAAGUUUUUAUUGAGAGUAUUGUUCUUGAUGGCUUCCCCAAUGGACCUGUCACUGUUUCUUGUAAUUCUUGGGCUCAUUCCAAGCAUGAUAACCCCAAGAAAAGAAUUUUCUUCACUAACAAGUCUUACUUGCCAGCCGAGACACCAAGUGGAUUGAAAAGAUUGAGAGAAGAGGAGUUGGAAAAUUUGAGAGGCAAUGGACAAGGAGAAAGAAAGUCAUUUGAAAGGAUUUAUGAUUAUGAUACGUACAAUGACCUUGGAGAUCCUGAUAAAGACCAAGAUCUUGCAAGACCUGUUCUUGGUACAAAGGAGUACCCAUAUCCUAGGCGUUGUAGAACAGGACGCCCACGUACCAAAAAGGAUCCAUUAUCAGAAUCAAGAAGCAGCGGGGAUAUAUAUGUACCGAGAGAUGAGGCAUUUUCAGAAUUGAAGGAAGCGACAUUUGGUAUCAAUACAGUAAAAUCUUUGUUACAUGCAUUGGUACCCAGUAUAGAGACUGCAAUUGUUGAUGGCAAUCUUGGAUUCCCAUAUUUCACUGCCAUUGAUAAACUAUUUAACGAAGGAAUUGAAUUGCCAAAAGAUGUUGAAAAGCCUUGGUACCUUCAGACACUAUUACCAAGAACUGUCAAAGCUGCUAAAGAAACUAAAGAUGACAUUUUGCUCUUCGAGACUCCUCAAUUGUUCGAUAGAGACAAAUUUUCUUGGUUCAGAGAUGAAGAAUUUUCUCGUCAAACUCUUGCCGGUCUUAACCCAUUCGGCAUACAAUUAGUUACAGAAUGGCCACUAAAGAGUGAACUCGACCCUGAAAUCUACGGACCGGCUGAAUCAGCAAUCACAAAAGAAAUAGUGGAGAAAGAAAUCAGAGGCUUUAUGACAGUAGAAGAGGCUGUAAAGCAAAAGAGAUUAUUUAUGUUGGAUUACCAUGAUAUACUAUUACCAUAUGUGGAGAAAGUGAGAGAGCUUGAAGGGACUACAUUAUAUGGUUCCAGGACAUUGUUCUUCCUUGUUAAUGAGAGCAAUUUAAUGCCUGUUGCUAUUGAACUCACUCGCCCACCUAUUGGCGACAAGCCACAAUGGAAGCAGGUGUUCACACCUGGCCAUGAUGCUACAGGUUGUUGGCUGUGGAGGCUUGCAAAAGCACAUGUUAUUGCUCAUGAUUCUGGCAUUCACCAACUUGUUUCUCAUUGGCUGAGGACACACGCCUGUGUGGAGCCAUACAUAAUUGCAGCAAAUAGACAACUUAGUGAAAUGCAUCCUAUAUAUAGAUUCUUACAUCCCCAUUUCCGCUACACAAUGGAAAUCAAUGCUCUUGCUAGAGACAAACUCAUCAAUGCGGAUGGAAUCAUUGAAAGCACUUUCUCUCCUGGAAAGUACUCCAUUGAACUCAGUUCUGUUGCUUAUGACAAACUAUGGCGUUUUGACACUGAAGCAUUGCCAGCUGACUUGAUCAAAAGGGGAAUGGCAGAGGAGGAUCCAACAGCAAAGCAUGGCUUGAAACUGGCAAUUGAUGACUACCCAUUUGCAAAUGAUGGUCUAAUGCUUUGGGAUGCAAUUAAGCAAUGGGCUACAGACUAUGUGAACCACUACUACCCAGAAGCAAGCAAAGUAGCAUCUGAUACUGAACUUCAGGCAUGGUGGGAAGAAGUGAGAACUAAAGGCCAUGCAGACAAGAAAGAUGAACCAUGGUGGCCUGUUUUGAAAACCCAAGAAGAUUUAAUCCAAGUUUUGACAACAAUUACUUGGGUAACUUCAGGUCACCAUGCAGCAGUCAACUUUGGUCAAUAUGUGUUUGCUGGAUAUUUCCCUAAUAGGCCCACAGUAGCAAGAACAAAUAUGCCAACUGAGGAGCCAUCAGAGGAAGAUUUUGAGCUGUUUUUGAAGAAACCAGAAGCUGCAUUAUUACAAUGCUUCCCUUCACAACAACAAGCAACUAAAGUGAUGGCUAUUUUGGAUGUGCUUUCGAGCCAUUCACCUGAUGAGGAGUAUAUUGGACACACAUUGGAACCAUCUUGGGAAGCAAAUCCUGCAAUUAAGUCUGCCUAUGAAAGGUUUAAUGCAAGAUUGAAGGAGCUUGAAGCUACUAUUGAUGAGAGAAAUAAUGAUUUGAAAAAUAGUAAUAGAGCUGGAGCUGGUGUUGUUCCAUAUGAGCUCUUGAAGCCAGUGUCUGAGUCUGGAGUCACUGGAAAGGGAGUUCCUAAUAGUAUUUCUAUCUAAUUUUAUUUUUCUUGUAAUUUCUUCAAUAUAAAUGAAAAAUAAACUUGCUUAUUACAAGCAAGUAUAGAAGUGAGCAUGAAUGGAGUCAUUAAGUAAAGUGCUUUGAGUAGUUUAUUUCGAAAUUCUGUACGAGAAAGUUAUCCCAGCUGUGUAAUUUAACAAUAAAUUAGAAAUGGAAAAAUAAAAAUUACAUA